UCCACUGCCGUGUUAUUGUGCCGCCCCACGUCCGCUUAUUCAGCAUGGAAAACGUUUCCAAGAUCUGGCUGGGACCUCUUCCCGAGGAUUCACCCUAUGUGAAGCCCUUCCGUCUGUAUUACGUACAGAAUGGCGUGGAAAAGAACUGGGAUCUGCUAAAGGUCCACGAUAGCGUGGCCAUCAUCUUGUACAACACGUCUCGCCAGAAACUGGUCCUGGUUCGCCAGUUCCGACCCGCUGUCUACCAUGGCAUCAUCUCCAGUGCCAAGGGAAGUUUUGAUAAGGUGGACCUUGAGGAGUUUCCGCCCGCAAUAGGGGUAACCUUGGAGCUGUGCGCAGGAAUUGUUGACAAGUCCAAGAGUUGGGUGGAGAUCGCCCGAGAGGAAGUGGUCGAGGAGUGUGGCUACGAUGUCCCAGUGGAACGGAUCGAGGAAGUAAUGGUUUAUAGGUCUGGCGUUGGCUCAUCGGGUGCCAAGCAAAUCAUGUACUACUGUGAGGUGACUGAUGCGGACAAGGCCACCAGUGGCGGCGGAGUCGAGGACGAGAUUAUCGAGGUGGUGGAGCUAUCCUUGGAGGAGGCCAAGCGAAUGAUCCAGCAGGGAGCCGUAAACAACAGCCCGCCCAGCUGUCUCAUGGGCCUGAUGUGGUUCUUUGCCAACCGGGCACCCAGUGCCAGUGCCUGAGGCAAAAGUUGUUGUUGAUACUACAGCAAGAUAAGCGGCGGCAGUGAUAAGAUGAUAAGAUGCGUCCGCAUCCGCAGCGUUGCCUUAGUAACUUGUAUUAGACAACACGAAUUCAAAAUGCUUUCCAACCGAGAACAUUGUGAGUGCGCUUAGCGCAUACGAUAAUACUGAAAUUCCCGUGCCGUUUGAGGCUUACCUUAUGAUAUGUACUGUGUAAUAUGUAAUAAACCCCUGGCCAGCUGUCCGCUCAUGAA